AUGGCCGCACCGCACUAUCGCAAAGUCGAGCUCCAGUCGCCCGCCGACUUCACCUACCUUUACGCCAACACGGUCGCUCUGUCUCGGCGAAAACUAGAUCUCAAUCUCCCGCCAUCCGCAACCAACGAUGAUCAGCCCGAUCCGAUGCGCGAGCGCGUUCGCGAACUAGUGGACGAGACCCCCCUUGCCUUCCCGUUGGAGAUUCAAAACACUAAUGCCGAGAUUGUGAUCUACCGUCCCCAGUACAUCACCCGCACCUUUACAACCGCCUCCUCGUCGAUCAGUAUCAACGGCUUGGAUUCAACCUCCCCUGCUUUUCCAUUUCCCGCGGCGUUCACUGCGCCAGAAACCGUGGAAUAUGAACCGUUUGAUUCCGAGCUCGCAUCGCGCGUGAGUACUCUAUACGCCCAGCUGGAAUCGCUCACGACGACGGUCGCGCAAUUACGCCGCGAUGCCCCCCGGAAAGCAGCCCGAGCGUAUGCUCGCGAACUGGCCGGGUUGAUCGCGGAAGAGACCAAGGAAGAAGACGGAAGUGACGCAGAGGAUCCAGAUCAGAACGUGGACGAGGACGAGAACGAGGACCAAGCUCAAGCUCAGAGUCCCGCUCAAAACCAGCGUUCAACCCGCAAGUCGCUCGGUAAAGAGAUAACAGAGACCGGUCAGAUGGAUGCGGACCAAACCUCCGAAACCCGAGCCUCGAAACGACGUCGCAUCGACCGUGAUUCUCUCCUUCACGCCCAUCCGUCAUGGAAACUAGACAUUUCAUUCAACACCGCCGAAGAAGCCGAGCGCUGGCGAAACGGGGACGUCGCCGAGGUCUACGAGAACGCUCUCCGGACGCUGCAGCGACUGCAAGGCGAAGCAGAAGGCGAGGCCGGGGCGGAACAUGGUUCCGACGGCAACGCGUUGGCCACGACGGUGGGCAAAGCCGAACGAGCGGGCCGGGCGGCUGAGGUGGUGGAGAAGAUGUAG